AUGCUGCAAGAUAAAUCAAAGAGCGAUUGGGACGAAUCAAUAAUAGUGCCAUCCGGGGAAUAUCAAGAAGAGAAAAACACUUUUAGAACAAUUUUAGGACACCACAAGGAACUCCAAAAUCUACCAUUUAAAAAUAAUGAAACGAAUUUUGCUGAUUUUACUGAAAUUAAAUAUAGUAUUGACGAAACUUUGCAUAUCAAGGAAGAAAAUAUUGAAGUUGAAGCGAUUGCAGGUCAAGAAUAUUUUAGAGAAUAUGAGGCAAAAUUGUGUAACGCAGGUAUAAAAGAAACUGAUAAUUCUACUGAUAACAGCAAACUUCUGACCCAUGAGAAGAAUAAUAUUCAGAAAUCAGAACAGGAACCGGAAAAGAAAUACAAAUGUAAAAAGUGUGCCCGCAGCUAUAAUUGGAAAAGGAAUUUGCAUCUUCAUCAGAAAUUUGAGUGUGGCGUCAGGCCACGGUUCAGAUGUAAAUUCUGCGGCAAACGAUUUCCGUUGAAAAGUAUCAUGUAUCGCCACAAAUGUUUUCAAAGUUACAGUUUGUUGAGAGAUUUAAGUCGACGUAAAUAUUUAAAACAUGCAGCAGUCAUACAGGAGAGUACAACUGCUCACAUUUCUCCGGGCAAUAGCUCUGGUGCCAAGACUUUAAUUAAAUACGACCUUGACGAUACUUUAGAAAUCAAGGAAGAGCUCAUCGAAGAUCCAGUGGCAAUUACGGUGAAUAAACAAAAUAAAUCCAAUGAGUCAACAUUUUGUACCGUAUAUAUAAAAGAAGAUGAUAUUUUGGAGAUCAACAUAAUUCCAAGAAAAAAUCAAAGAAAUCAGCAGAAAGGUUAUAUGGUGGACCGUAUUCUUUUACUGGAAUUUAUUUUGAAGAUAAUUCUGAUGCCAAUACUUUAACUAGAAUUGUAUACGACAAUGACGAAUCUUUGGAUAUCAAGGAAGAAAUCAUCCAAGUUCCAGAGAUAAUGAGAGUCCAGAAAUGGAAUAGAUCAUACGAGUCAAAAUUUUAUACUAAAGAUAUUGUAAGAAAAAAUGAGAUUUUAAAGGUUAGGCCCAAACUGCAGACGCGGAAGAAGCAGGCAAUUCAGGAAUCAAAACCGAAAAUGAAAUACACGUGCAACAAGUGUGCGCGAAGCUAUUCCCGGAAAGGAACUUUGAAUUAUCAUCAAAAAUUUGAAUGCGGCGUCAGUCCUCAGUUCUCAUGUAAAUUCUGCGGCAAACCAUUUAAGCGGAAAAAUUGCAUGAACGUACAUAUAGAUCGCGUACAUCAGAAAACAAAAUCAAAAAAAUCGGAAUUGCGGUAUAAAUGCGAUCAGUGUUGGCGAAGUUACAGUUGGCCAAGAGGUUUAACUCGACACAAACUUUUUAUACAUAAUGGAGCCAAACCACAAUUUACUUGCGAUCAUUGCGGAUAUAAAUCGGAACAAAAAUGGAUCUUGGUAAAACACAUUACUUCAUGCCAUCUAAAUUAUUAAUAACGUACACCGAAACAUUACAUUUUAGGAAGUUUCUAAUAUUGGUUAAAGUAACUCAUUAUUUUGCACCAUAUGUAUUCGAAAUAACAUUUUGAACUGGCUGCUUGAAUGUUAGGUUAAAUACACGAGUAAUCACGUUAUUUAUUAUGUAAGAUUUAUUAUUUACUAUAUAAAGCUAUUGCAUUUGC